UUGUGCGAGAUUCAGUUCGCAGCAUUUAUUUUUAUUAAGAGUUGACUUGGAACCGGAAAGCUUCAAACCUCGGACCUAAACUGUUGUACAAAUCUGAGGCAAAUUCCCCCAUUCACUCAUCACACCUUAUUUUGAUUUUCAACUUGCAAGUUUUGUUAUUUUGUUCCAUGGCAUCAAAGAGCAAAAUCCUAGUCUUAGGAGGAACAGGAUACAUUGGAAAAUUCAUAGUCAAGGCAAGUGCAGAAGCAGGACACCCCACCUUUGUAUUGAUCAGAGAGACCACUCUUUCUCAUCCUGAAAAGUCUAAGCUUAUUGAGAGCUUCAAAACCUACGGAGCUACUCUUCUUUAUGGUGAUCUAAGUGAUUAUGACAGCCUUGUUAGGGCAAUCAAGCAAGUUGAUGUUGUAAUAUCUACACUAGGGGGACAACAGAUAGACAAUCAAGUUAAGGUCAUAGCAGCAAUAAAAGAAGCUGGAAACAUCAAGAGGUUCCUCCCAUCCGAAUUUGGUCUAGAUUUGGACAAUCAGAGAGCAGUUGAGCCAGCAGCUAGCUUCUUCAACAAAAAGCUGAAAAUUCGAAGGGCAAUUGAAGCUGAAGGAAUUCCAUACACUUACAUCUGUUCAUAUGCUUUUGCUGGAUACUUCUUGGCUAAUCUGGGACAACAAAAUCUCACUGCUCCCCCACGGGAUAAGGUUGUCAUUCUAGGAGAUGGAAACGUCAAAGGAGUUUAUGUGAAAGAAGAAGAUGUUGGGGCUUACACCAUCAAAGCAGUGGAUGAUCCAAGAACCUUGAACAAAACUCUCCACAUAAGACCCCCUGCCAAUGUUUUGACCUUCAACGAGCUCGUGUCCUUGUGGGAGAAUAAGAUUAAGACCACCCUUCACAAAAUCUACAUCCUAGAAGAUGAACUUCUUAAGAAAAUCCAGGAGUCUCCUUUCCCAACCAAUUUGAUGUUAUCACUUGUCCACGCAACGAUGGUAAAGGUAGAUUCUACAAACAAUGAGAUUGACCCUUCUUUGGGCGUGGAAGCUUCUGAACUUUAUCCUGAGGUGAAAUACACUUCUGUGGACAACUACUUGAAUGCGUUCGUCUGAAACCUAGGGAAUUUGUUAUUGCCAAUAAUUAAACUGCUCCACCCAAGUCAAUAAAACCAGAGUAUCCUGUGUGAUCCUCGACAACUUCUACUUUGUCUUUCUGUUAUUUAGUUAUUUGUGCUUGUGUUGUUGUCAAAAGUGUUCCUCCAUACUUUACAUUGCACCGUUGUUCGAAAGUUCUUAUGAUAUUAGUAUUAUGUUACGGUUUGUUUAUCA